GUUGUUACACUUUAUAGACCGUCACUGAUUUAUUUUAAUGUUUUUUAAAAAUCAGCAAACAUGAGCCGAUUACUUUUGAAAUGUCGUCGAUUGAAACUGAAGAGUACUUUUCCAUACAUUGCAAUUUUUAUAAUCUGUUUUUAUUUUGUGUACACAAACUGGUUCACAAGUUGGAUUUGGAAAGCCACGAAUCGUCGAGGAAUACAGGUUUCAGACGACAUUCUUGCAGUUCGCAACAAGAGGUUUGCAGAUUACCAGAGGACGGAAAAGAGCAGAUCGGGGCCUGGGGAAUACGGCACGGCUGUGCUCUUAGAAGGAAAUGAAAAAGUUGAAGCUGAGAAGCUUAUGCCAAAAGAGGCUUUUAAUAUAAUUGCAAGCGACAAAAUUUCAUUGGAACGUUCUUUAAAAGAUGUCCGAGAAUCAGGCUGUAAAAAAGUGUCGUAUCCAAAAGAUUUGCCUUCAGCCAGCGUGGUAAUAAUAUUUCACAAUGAAGCUUGGUCGCCACUUCUACGCACAGCACAUAGUGUGGUGAACCGAUCCCCACCAGAAUAUCUCCACGAGGUCAUACUGCUGGACGACUUCAGUGACAGAGCUGGACUUGGGUCAAAGCUCACUGACUAUGUCAGCAAGACCUGGCCUGAUGGAGUGGUCCGAGUGGUGCGAACCAAAGAGCGCAGCGGUCUCAUACGAGCAAAGAUAGCAGGAGCUAAGGCAGCUCGAGGCGAUGUGUUGGUGUUUCUCGAUUCACACUGUGAGGCUAGUCCUGGGUGGUUAGAGCCACUAUUAGCUCGUAUAAAGGAAGACCGAACGGCCGUGCUGUGUCCGAUGAUUGACCUCAUUGACAAGAACACACUAGAGUAUGGUGUCACCGGCAGUUUCUCAGUGGGCGGGUUCUGGUGGAGUCUGCACUUCUCCUGGAGACCUAUCCCCGAACAUGAGCAUGUGCGCCGCAAGUCUUCGAUCGAUCCAAUUAGGUCUCCUACAAUGGCUGGUGGCCUUCUCGCUGCAGACAGAAAAUUCUUUUUUGAGAUCGGCGCAUACGAUGAUGGAAUGGAUGUCUGGGGAGGCGAGAACUUGGAAAUAUCUUUCAGGGUCUGGAUGUGUGGGGGUAAGCUGGAAUUCAUUCCAUGCUCCAGGGUGGGCCAUAUAUUCCGAUCAAGUCAUCCCUACACAUUCCCAGGCAAUAAGGACACACAUGGAAUAAAUUCAAUGCGUCUUGCUGAAGUAUGGAUGGAUGAAUACAAGAGGUUAUUUUACACACACAGAAGAGCAUUACUGGGUAAUGAUUAUGGUGAUAUAUCUGAAAGAAAAGCUUUAAGAGAAAAAUUAAAGUGUCACAGUUUUAAAUGGUAUCUCGAAAAUGUGUACCCAGAUAAAUUCAUCAUUGAUGAAAAUGUGCAAGCAUGGGGUAUGCUUCGAAAUCCAGCCAGCAACUUGUGUUUAGAUACGCUUCAGAAAGAUGAGAAGAUGGUGUUUGAUGUUGGAAUGUAUUUCUGUCAGAACAGUGCCAGUGCAAACCAGGUGUUUUCCUGGAGUAUGGAUAACGAGAUUCGAAGAGAGGAGGGCUGCCUUGAUACGACUGGAAAGGACGGCGAUACUGUUCAGCUCCAGCCUUGCAGUAAUAAGAAGACUACAACUAAAUGGAGCCACAACAUGGAAUCUGGUGAAACGAAGCACGUAUCUUCUGGGAAGUGCCUCGACCGUGCCGACAUCAAGAGUGGUGGCUUUGUCGUGGUUAAAGCCUGUUCUGGAGCAGACUCACAGAAAUGGGCGUUUGAGCAUUACUUAACAUAGUACAAAUCUCCAGUAUUAUGUUGGGGGUGUUUAAAAAUGUUUUAAAGAACAUUGUGGGGUUGUUUUUAAUUAUAUUUUGUUACUACAUGUAUUUUACAAAUUGUCUCAAAUGUUGUUCAUGUCAUUUGUUACAGAAUUUUAAGAGUUCAGAUCUCACUGCAUUGGUACAUUUCAUUUUUAUUCAUUCCUCCAUACUUUGUUUUUAAAUUAAAAGUUGAA